GAAAUGAAAUGAAAUGAUAUUGUGAAUUUCAUAUAAUGACUCCAGUGUGAUUUUUUCCCGACGUCGAUCGGAUAAAUUUAUUGGCAAAGGAUUUUAUGACAUGUUCGGUUACAGCAUGAAUUUAAAAUGAGUCAUCAUUGGGAAUGGACAAGAACAAAUGGCCUAGGACAUGAUUACAGCGAUUUCCGGGGACUUCAACCUGGAAAAGAAUGCACGGGCAUGCGCAGCCCGAUCCCAGACCUUGUGGUGGUACCAGAACUUCAGGAACAAAAUUCGUUUCAAGAAGUUAGCCCAGGGUUGCUAUGUACCCAAACAUUCUUGUCUCCCCGAAGUUCCGGUUCAUCUGCCGCACGUGCCAGCAGUAUUACGUCUUCAAUUUUUGAUUUGUCAUUCGAGAGCGCGCAAUUAGAAAAAGCUUUGGUGGAAGAUGACACUAAAAGUCUUCAAAAGAUUUUUGAAAUCCACUUUGCAAAAUUUCCGCGGAAAACCAGGGAGGACAGGUUGAGUGUAGGUUCGCGAAGUCGACGCCCAAGCAGCCGGUUUAGCACCGACACAGAGAUCAACAGGAGAUGUCCGACCCCAAUAGAGUCUUUCGAUCGUCGAGAAAGCGUGACGCCUGAGUGUGACAUUCCAUUAAUAUUUAGAACUGCUCUGCAUGUUGCUAUUCAUAACAACUCAACUGAUGCUGUCAAACUUUUGUUAAGAUGCAAUAUUGAUCCUAAUUUCCCCACCGCUAAUUUGAUCAGUCACAUAAAACCAGGAUGCCAUGCUAUCGACGCACUGAAAAUUAAUAUAGUAAAGCCUUCUUCUGCACAGAGAGGAAGCUUGAGUCCACAGAUCGAUUAUCAUAACACGAGGGCUGAUCACUUCGGCAUCAAUAAUGAUGAGACGAACAACAGUUUAGCUCCGCCCGCACCCGUCACCAGCAACGAUUUUGGAGACUACUCAGUCGAUGAUCUCUAUCACCUCCCUCCUCUGUUUUUGUGCGUUGUUGAGCAGAAGCCUGUGUUGACACACUUGUUGUUGCUGCACGGGGCUGACCCCACCGUGCAAGACGCACGUGGAAAUACACCUUUGCAUCUCGCCGUAUCAUCCGCGUAUUUCAAUCUACAUUGUGUUAGAGAAUUAUUGCAAUACGGUGCGAAAACGCAAGAAAAAAAUCUCGAUGGAAACACACCUUUUGAUAUCCAUCGCAACGUAAGUGUUGAGCAGCAGACGGUAAUACAUGCUUUACUGUCAGGCCUCUCAGUAAGUAGGAUAGCAGACCCCAACGUUAGUCUGGUCCUGGAAGACAGCUGCAAAAGCAGUAAGAGUGACACAAAUUCUGACACGUUAUCGGGGCGACUAUUGCGAAGGUUCUCAAAAUCUGCCAAAUUUCGUCCCAAUGUUGGAUCGACAAAGGAAAUAUUUCAUGAAAUGAGGGAGAGGUUGUCGUCUGCGAGUUCGGGUAGGAGCGCGCGUAGCAAGCACCAAUCUGUCAUUGCAGAAGAUUUGGAUAGCGAUGUUUCACUGCAGACGGCACCAGCAGAAUCGCUCUCCAGUCAUGAUCGACACAAAACCAGGAUGAGUCUACGUCGAGACCGGUCCAAACACAGGAAUAGCUGCCUUCCGGAACAAGAUAAGUCGAAUCUUGAAGAGGCAGAAAGGACCCUGUAUGCUCUGAAGAAGUUAGCAGCCAACAAGGAGUGCAUAACAUCGCUUUUGGAUGGACUUACAAAUUACAUUAGAAUUGUGCUAACACUGGCAGACAAUUCCGAAUAUCCAUCAGUAGAGAAGGCCAUUAACGAACUACUUAAUCAAAUAUUGCAGACUUGUUACGAGCAGCUUCAGUUGACCCAAGACCCAGAUGAAAAAUAUGAGUUAUUCAUUCAGUUAUCCAAACUCCUCACCGCUUCUUUGGAGCUUCUUCGUGGCGGACAGUCGUUACAUUUCACCGCCCUUAGCAUUGUCAAUAGGAUCAUUGAUAUGUGUAUUGUUCAUAAAAACUAUGAGAUUCCUUCUGCUGUUUCUCAGAGUACUAUACGAGAGUACCUGGAUCAAGGUAGUUCAGACACUUUACACAAAAGUCCUAAACACUCGGGAAAUAAUGCGGCCAAGCAUGAGGAUGGUAGUGGUGCUAGUGCCGCAUUUAAGCGGCCCUUCGCAAACUUUCAGAAAAGUGGAAACCACGAUACUCACUGUGAUAAAACUGAUGAUGGUGCUGACAUGGGGAGAGUUAAUCUCUCUCCCCAGUUUAGUUUUUCCCCAUUGGAAAUCUUGACUUCCUAUAAUCCUAGUCAAAUUUUAAGCAUUUUACAUAACAGUAUCACCAUGCACAAGCGAAUUAUUGGGACACGACAAAAGUGCACCCCUAGUACACGACUUCGGACUUGUACGCAUCACUGUUUACAGAUACUUAGUGCUCGGAUUUUAGUUGUGAUGAGCCAUGGGUCGUAUGUUCAACACCGGAUUAUUGCGGAUGGACACAUUAAAACACUUGUAGAGGCUUUAGAUCCAAACCAUGAUCCACACUUACUGUGUCUCCUGCUGCAGGCUUUGGCCUCUAUAGCCCUGAACCCCCACCAUCACCAGUCCCUGAACGAUGCAGACAUUUCCGACAUGCUGAUGCAGCUUCUACUACCAUCUGAUGAGUGGUACUACACCAACCAUAGUACUAAGUAUGCCAAGUACAUCAAGUACCACGCAGCACGAAUACUAGUGUACAUGGGACUGUUACAUAAACUUGGAGGUCGUGUGGACCUGUUUGAUAGAAAGUUGUUUAUGGACACAGACACCAACUCCCACCUCCAAGUCCACUCCCCUGAGGACAGUUUUAUUGAGCUGAUGGCGAUCGGGAGGGUGGUGAUGUGGAACGAGAACCACCACCUACAGGCGGCAUCCCUAGAGGGGCUGGUGGCGGAACUCAUCGAGGAGGCUGUGGGGGAUGAAUCCGACUCCUCUCCAUCAACAAUAAACCUGUCUACCUCUGUACAGAGCCUAGCCACUCUUGUCAAACAGAGUCAAAAUACAGUCUUAUCUCCCUUUAUUUCCCCAUCGUGUUCAAUGGAGUUCUUGACAGAAAUAGACAAGAAACCAUUCAGGGAGCAGUUGUUAAUGGCUUUGCCUAUGCUUGUCCACCCUGUUAUAAUUCUGAGACUUCUGGCUCACAAGUUAUUCGGGAAUAUGAUACGCCGAAAAUCUUCCUACAAUACAAUAGAGACCAAGUUACGACCUCCCGAAAAUCCAGUGGAGGAAGUAUGUCCACCGAGAAGUAAUUCAGAAAGUGUUAAAUAUGAACUGAAGAAGGACCUGAUUAAGAAAAAGAGGACGAACCUAAAGAUUUCCAUAACAACUGCUAAAAAUUCCUCCUCCGAUGAAAUGGACUCCCCAAAUGUAUCCAGCCCAGGGGAUUAUGUCAAACAUAAUGGUUUUCAGUCCAAAAAUAAGCCUACCCAGUUAGCUCUGAAAGCAAUGGGUCAGAGCUUAGCCAAUCCAGUGCAGUCCAAUUCUAGUGGGCAGAUUAACCAGAUAUCUGAAUCCAGCAGCGGCAAUGCAAUUAGUAGUCCAGAGUCGUCAGGUGACAAUAAACACGAGAGAAGUAACACCAAUCAUUCCGCCAAAUCCAAACUCUUUCAUUGGUCAAGUAAAAAGCAUCUGUGUAAAUCUCAAAGUAGCAUGUCGACCCCUCAGUCUGACAAUAAUAAUGACAGUAUGGAUAUGGGUUCAGACGACUCUUUGAAUUCUCCUUCCAGAGCUGAUGUAGAUAUUGUUGCAUUUCAACGAGAGCUCAUUAACUUGCCAACCUUUGUGAUGGACACCCCUGCCACAGACGUAUCUCCCAUCUUCUCGCGCUCAAGUUCAGUGCCGGAGAAUUUAGCCAGAACGGGAUGUAGUGAUCCCUCCCCUACGGAACUCUCCUCUUGCAGUUCUGAGCAUUUGAACAAUCAAAAGCGCAGUGCAGAAGUGUUUCCUGAAACUUCCAAAACCAAAGUGCCAAAUUCACCAUCAGUGAUCACCAUUACUACGACUGAUUGGACUAACUGCCCUACGGAAGUGGACACUGGAUUCCUCCCAGGGGAGUCCUCCGAUUCCAUUACUGACUCCAAAGUGGCCAACAUUGAAGUGCAUUUUGAGGCCCCUGCCUCCCCCAUGUCUAGUGCUAGCCAGAGCCCCCAGAUCUUUGAUUUUCCCAGUCCCUUUGAUAGCUCCAAGCCAAACGGUGGCCAGCAGGUGCCUGGUGUCUGUGAGAAGCAGUCCCAGCUGAACAUCACAUCCACUGCGGGCACCACCUCCGCUAACUUCCUCAUCCCCUCCCCCACCACCUCCAAUGUCUCUAUCACCACUAACACCUCAGUCACCUCACCGUGGUCACCAUCAUACCACACCAACAAUGUUAACAUGCAGGUCACUCAUCCAGAGAUUCCCAAGCCUCACUUUGGAGUUCUCAAGGUCAUUGAGACCUGGAUCAAGGUCUGUAGUAUUGACCUUGACUGCAGUAGCCUUAUCAUCCACGAAAUGAGGGACUUCCUACGGAAGAUUUCUGUUCUUGGUCUGGAGUACAAAGCUUGGUGCCAGCGGAUUGGAUCAUGUCUACAUCUAGAGGAGAAGAAUACGACCAAACAAAGAUCUGAGAAAGAAGAUGACCCACAGAAUAUCCAUGCUCAAUAUAAAAGGUUACAAAAGUUAGUGGUGGGAGGAGAACUGCCAUGUUCUAAGGAGGACGUGGCCACGCUGGCCAGCAUACAACUCCACAUAGAGGAGGCGUGGCCCGAGGAAAACCUCCCAAACUACACCAAGUCUGACCUCGCCCUAUUUAACAAGAAACUCCUCGACUCCCACAAAUACCUGUCCAAGUCAGCUGAUCCUCAGGAGAACCUGCGGAGACGGAAAGAAUUGAUCCGCAACAAUCGGGCUCUCAGGAUCACCCAGAGUCGACGGAAGGGGCGGUUAGUCCGUCAGCUGACCUGUGUCAGUGACCACGAGGAGACCAACCAUAAUGAGGUCGACCUGACGAGAUUUCUACCUCCAGACUUCACCACCUCAAAGAAAAUACGCUACAUUUUACAAGAGAAGCAGAAGAAGUUAUGGCAUGCUCCGUACUAUGACAGUGAGAUCAAACUCAAGCAACAGUACAUCAAGAUCUGUAAGAAUCUCCCAGCUUUUGGGUGUAAACUUUACCAAGUCAAGGAGCUACUGAGGGGAAACUCACAGAAAAAGAUCGCAAGGCUACUUGGUGUCAACAAUGAGAAAAUAAUACUCCUGGACAGCAAGACCAAACUUCUUUUGAAAUCCCAGAGCAUUGCAGAGUUAGAGGUGUGGAACACAGGAUCCGGGAAAUCCCACGAUGGAUUAAUGCUGGAAUUUCGAGGCUCUAAGCCGUGGCAGCUUACUAUGUCGUCACAAGAGAACCUCAAAUCUGUUACCGCUAUUCUAUUUGAUGCGCUAGAUAUGGAUGGGAGGUUUCUUAACAAUGGGACUUUACGUCGAGAAAGUUUUGAUUUUGAUUUUCAUCGAAAGCCUCCAAUACUUAAACCAGCUACAGACAGAGGAACUAAAUACUCUCAGGAACUCCAGAAUCUUCAGAAGAUGCUGCAUUUCCCAGAGGAAGUGGCGCUUUUACUGACAGAGACUGAGCAUGCUCUGUUUACCUGUGUUCCUCCCGCCCACUACAUCCGUCAGGUGACCACGGACAUCUCCCGGGGGUCCCUCGUCUACCACAAAGUCUCCAGUGUGGAGGAUCUCAUACAGAGGUUUAAUGAGGUCAGUUCUUGGGUGACCCAGCUUCUUAUUACCCAGCCUACACAUGAGGACCGUAAGGCCAUUCUGUCCUGUAUUAUCAGACUGGCCUUCUACUGCUGGUGCAUAGGAAACUUCAACACUACCAUGGAAAUUGUAGCAGGCCUCAAGUCAGACAAGUUGAAGCCUUUCUGGUUGUCCAUGGUGGAUGAAGAUCUCUCUACUUUUAACUGGUUGUGUACAGCUCUGAUGUCUCGAGAACUGACCGAUGAAUACCGAGAGGCGGUCAGUCGCUCACUGGACAUCCCAGACUGUAAAGUGGUGCCUUUCUUUGGGGGAUUCCUUCGUGAUUUGAGAUCUCUGUUUCACAAUGUGCCAAGUAUCAUCGUCUUGCCUUCAGAGGAAAACCAAUCAUUAGAGUUUAUUUCUGAUUACAAUGGAGAAGACCGCUUCAUGACCAGGAUUGGGGUAGGAGGGCUGAUUAACAUGGACAAGUUGAAGCAGACACAUCAUGUGUUGAAUGACAUUGCUCUCUUCCAUUAUCACGCCAAACAACAUGUUGACAAUGUCAGCAACAGAUCCAGCAUUAGUUUUGAUUUUGAGAAUGAUGGAGACAGUGAUUAUGACCUUGACCUAGAUUCCUACCAGCCAAUUCGUCCAGUAUUCAGUGAACACGAAGUGAUGAUCGUCACUCCAAAAAUAGCCAAUCUAAGUCAGCACUACCUACAAUGUAUGCACCACGGCAGUACGGUGGUGCACGUGGACAAUGAUAGCAGCCGCUCCUGUAUGUGUUACCUGAGGCUGGAGGUAGACAACGCCACCCUGUCCUGGCACCGCCCAGCGUGGAGCUCUCUAGUGGGGAACACCUGGUCCUACCCUGAUUACGGUCAGAGAGGAGAGUCGGAGUCAGCGUCCUCCCAGGUGUUGUGUUCAAGGUAUUCAAAUGGACAAGAUGUAGAUGACAUGUUAGAAGAUGGCUACAUAGAUCUCCGUCUGGUGAAGGCCGUGAAUUCAGGGGUGGAGGAGUCCAUUGAUAUCGCAGCCCUAUCCAAGAGAUACUGCAUCGACGGCCUUACUCCCCGUCAAAACGUCAUAUCCCUCCUGUACGGGGUGGGGCAUUCAGAGAACAGGAAGCUGUAUUUUGUGGCCCCCUAUAACAUGGCCAAGAUCUGGCUAACAGGACUUAGGAAGAUCAUCAAUGCGUUUCAGAAGAUGAGGUGGCAGACAGACAAACGGAUUCAGCAUCUGAAGUUUCAGUAUCUGCAGUUGUUUUAUGAAGGAGAGAAAUGCCAGGGACCUACUCCGGCUGAAGCCAUUAAGAUCUUUGGAGGCAGACGAUGGCAGGGAGGACCUCAAUUAGUCGGAAGCCAAGAAAUCCCAGCAUCCUUCAAAAGAACGCCAAGCUUCUUCUCCACAACAAAGCCCAAAAAAUCCAACAACACUGCUGCUUCAUACAAAGAGAGUCCAAAAUCUGGGUCAUCAGUACCCAACUCAACCCAGAAGCAGAAAGAGAAGGUUUCACAGAGCCAAAAGAAUUCACCUAGUCCCUUAAGACAAACUAAAUCCGAAAUGAAUCGGUCAGCUAAUAGUGCUAGUGAUCCCAACUUAAACCAGAACCUUGGUAAACUUAGUCCCAACCUGGGAUUCCGACCGCGGAGUUCUACUUUCAGUUUUACCAAUCGCUACAGGAUGAAGAGGAGGAGAAUUUCACUUGGCGUUGGUACAGGGGAUAACAAAAUGAGUUCCAUCACACAUUCCACACAACUGACAUUCCUGGACUUUGUAGAUUUGUUUAAAGCUUUUGGACUGCGCUGUAGGAAGGACCUAAAGGAUUUAUUUGAGCAAUUUGCCAUGACACCCAAACCUAAUGACAAGGACAUUCCAGUGAAUAGAACACAGGGUUACAUUCCACCCAGCAAUGAUACAUGUAUAAUAACCAGAAAUAGUUCCUAUGACCGUACAAAGGACAAUCAACAGAGAAGGAAGAUCUGUGAUGCUCUGGCCGUAGCCAGUAUCGUGGCUAACUGUGCCGGAGUCGAGUCAAACCAGAACCGGUGUCUGGGACUGAGGGAGUUCCGGGAAUUCCUCGAGGAUUAUCAGGAGGAGCAUCUGGAAGAUGAGGACAUUAUAGAGCUGAUACAGAGACACGAACCUGAUUCUAAUCUAAGGAGGAGCUGCUGUCUGUCCUUUGAGGGGUUCGCUCGAUUCCUGAUGGAUAAGGAUAACUAUGCGUACUUGUACGAGAAAACUAAACACAAUGAUGAGGACAUGGAUCAUCCUCUAUCCCACUACUAUGUAGCUUCCUCCCACAACACGUACUUAACGGGACAUCAGUUGACGGGGGAGUCGUCAGUGGAACUGUACAGUCAGGUGCUGUUGAUGGGUUGUCGUUGUGUGGAGCUGGAUUGUUGGGAUGGAGAUGACGGUAUGCCCAUUAUUUACCAUGGACACACUCUCACCACCAAAAUCUCAUUCAAGGCUGUGGUAGAAGCCAUCAACAGGAGUGCUUUUGUCAUGUCUCCCUACCCAGUAAUACUCUCCAUAGAAAACCACUGCUCUAUCCUACAGCAGCAGAAAAUGGCUCAGAUUUUUACUUCAGUAUUUGGGGAUAAGUUGGUAACAUCACUUCUGUUUGAGAGUGAUUUUUGUGAGGACCCCCAGCUUCCAUCACCCUGCCAACUCAAACACAAAAUUCUGGUCAAGAAUAAGAAGAUUAGAGACUUCGAUACGUAUCCUCUGAAAAAGGUGCCCUCCUGUCCGAGAACCAACAGUAUGGCCUCUACAGAUACCUCAAUGUCAAUCAACGAUUUUGAUGACGAUGAUGAUGAAGAUGAUGAUGACGAUGAUAUAACAGAUGUGAAGGACCCUGAAAUGCGUCAGUCUGUGGACAGUCAGGACAGCCAGGUGGGGGAACAAGAUGACCGAGGGAGGAGUUCCACUCCCUCAGUAAGACCCAGGGCAGACUCUUUUGUCGACCAACAAAGGUCUUCUAGUGGUUCCUUUAGUGGGGAGAAAUGUAGACCAAAAAGUCAUCCAGACUUUGACUGGCAGUUUGACCUUGACCUUCAACCCCCAGAGAAGCAGCCAAGGAACAACAAGCAUCAGAAGAAGACCAGUCAGAUUGCUAAGGAAUUGUCUGACCUUGUGGUGUACCUACAAGCUGUCAAGUUCAGAGGUCUGAAUGUCAGUCCUAAUACUUCAGUGAAGAAGAAAAGUGGUGCCAGAAGAGCUCUCCUUGGCAACAACCCUGGAACACCUCCCCUAAAUACAGACAAGGGAGAGUUGAGUAUUCCUACAGGGAUUAUGAGACAGAGACGACCAGACAGUACCCCUGUGUGUUACCUAGUGUCCUCACUCAACGAGAGUAAAGCCAAACAACUGUGUCGCCGCAACCCGAUAGGCGUCAUCAAUCAUACAGAGAAGCAGAUUAUGAGGACCUACCCCUCAGGAAUGAGGAUCGACUCCUCCAACUUUAACCCUGUCAUCUUCUGGGCCUUCGGACUUCAAAUGGUGGCCCUCAAUUACCAAACUGAAGACACAGCUAUGGCCUUGAACACAUCCAUGUUUGAACAGAAUGGUCAGAGUGGCUAUGUCCUAAAGCCGGCUGUCAUGUGGGAUAAAAGUCACAUGAUGUAUAACCAUUUUAACCCCAUGGACAAGGAGUUUGAUGGACUUCAUGCCACUGUUCUUACUCUACAGAUAAUAUCUGGUCAGUACGUCAGCACUAACCACACCGCCAGUACUUAUAUAGAGGUAGAGGUCAUCGGGAUCCCCGUGGACUGUGUCAAACACAAAACUAAAGUCGUCUCCAGAAACGCUCUCAAUCCUAUAUGGAAUGAUCUCUUUUCUUUUCAGGUAAUGUUUCUUGAUCUAGCCUUCAUCCGUUUUGUUGUGGUGGACGCCAACACUAGUCAUGUUAUAUCUCAGAGAAUAAUCCCCCUUAAGUGCCUCAGAGCAGGAUAUCGCCAUGUCCGUUUACGCAGUCCCAAUAACCAGCCUCUUGAGUUGUCUACCCUGUUCAUCUACUCCAAACAUGAGGAGGAGCUGCUUGUUUCCUGUGAUAUGCCUGAAGUCAAUGGCUUCCAUACCUCAGCUUCUUCCAAGAGCAUGAAAUCUAAAGUCAAGGAGGCUUCCGAUGCUUCAAAAGAGCCAGGAGUGACACCACUUGGAACAAAAGUGAAGCGGAGAAUGUUCUUUGUGAGCGUGUUUGGAGUUAACUCCCCUGAUGAGUACAUCAUUCUGAAGGUUACCCAGGAUACAUCUGUUUAUGAGGCCAUCAGUCAGGCUCUAGCCAAGGCGGGUCGGGCUGAGGACAAGGUGUCUGAUCAUGUGUUGGUAGAGGAUGUCCAGGUGGGGUGGGAGAAGAAAGACCAGGACAGGCAGAGUGUCCAGAGGAUACUGGACAUGUCAGAGAAAGUUCUCCAGGCCCAGAACAAGUGGAGAGGGGCCGGCAAGUUCCUCCUCAGGAAACUAAGCAAUGAUCCCAGCAGCAGAGCUUGGAUGACCACAAUGUUAUCAAGGGAACAGCAGAGGAAGCAGGAAUCUGAGAACAACACAGGAGACUGGGAGAGUGUGGAGCAGGUGUUCCUGGUGUGUGUGUAUAAUGUAGCACCUGACCAGCCCUACACCAUAUUUAAGGCCCCCACAUCCAGCAACGCACAGGACAUUAUCACACAGGCUAUGAUGAAGGCUCACCGCUCAGAUUUAGAGGACCUGAGGAAUUUUGUGUUGGUGGAGGAGCUGGAAGUAUCGGGUGCGGACUCCCAGUUAGGGCGGCGCCACAGCUCCGAGAGCGUUGAGAGGCGGAUACUGAUGGAUGACGAGAAUGUGUAUCUGGCACAGAGUGAAUGGAAGACCAACGGAAAGUUUGUCAUCAUGGAUAGACAUCAAGCAGAGAUGGAGGAAAAUCCAUGUGAGAAGAAAAGAAAGGGAUUUAUAAAUAAGGGGCCAAAGUCCAGAUCUCUAACUUCAGAGCACCCUCGGACCCACACCCGGGCGUUGUCCUGGCAGGAGAGUAAUCGGAGUCCCAGUGAGCCCUCUAGUCCCAGCCUGUCCUCCUCCAGACUGAAGAAGAUCUCCUCCAAGAUCACCAACAAGCUCAGCAAGUGACAGAACCACCUCACAGUGGAGGGGUCCUCAUGUCAGGAGGUAGACUCUCAGAGUGGUGGAGGUCUGCAAUGGUGGACAGAAGUGUCAAUCAUCCUAACGGUUGACAACUAGUCGAGGAGAACCAGUCAAGUGGUUUGAGAGUUGAGAAAUUUUGUACUGAUGUUGGAAGGAAAUGAAACCCAUUCAGCACCAAACUUUCUGCAACUAGAACAAAAUAGAAAUUGGACCUGUUAGAGAUAAACAGAAGCAGAACAAAGGUUUCUGUAGAAGGUUUUUAUAAACCAUGCCACAAACAGGGAAGUGGUGUUAACCCAGACUUGAACAUUCCUGAAAUAUAAUUUUCCAGUUGUUGUCCAUAUAAGUACUCUCAAAGAAAAAUGCCAUUGAGCUUUCUGAGGUCACCGAACUUAAAUUUCCCUGUUUGUGUAUCAAUUCUAAAGACAUUCUUGAUGUUUAAUAGAACAUGUAUGGCAUGGAAUGUUACUUUUGUAGAAAUGGCUGGAAAAUUAAUGUACAUGAAUACUAUGAAUCCAUUUAUUCCCCUAUAGGAGUCUUGUUUUCUAUAUGGACCCUGUCUUUUAUUUUGAUCAGAUGACAUCCUUCUGUUUAAUACUCUUGCUACAAGGAACAAAUUAUCUUUAUCUAGGGGAAAAAAAUCAGUGUCAUUUGAUUGCAUCAAAUUCAGAUCUUACUAACUCAGGGGUAAAUUUAAUAUAAAGAUAUCAUGAAGAUAUGGUAAUAACUAUUUUUCAGUGUAUUUUUAUGAAUGAGCAAUUAGAGACACAUUCUAUAAAAGAAUAUCUGUAGAUCAUCAAAUUUUCAUGUCACUUUAUUCUCACAAGAAAGUUAUUUGAUAUCAAUUUAUAAUUGAAACAACAUUUUUGCAAAUUUUGGUUAUUGUAUUCAAUCAAGUAUAAAAAUACAUUUUUCACAAAUUAAAAACUGAUUAAAAUGCAGCUGUACAAUCUUUGUAGUGGUAUGUUAUAUUAAUGGUACACAUGUACUAGUUUUGAACACUUGAAAAGAGCUGUGCUUUUGAGCUACUGAAACUAGCAAUGUUCUGUUCACAGAGGCAGUCAUUGCACCAAUUGGUUUUACUUGCCAGUAUUAUUUCAUAAUGUAUGCAGACGAGAACACUUAUUCUAGUGAAUUUAAUUUGGUCACUUGAGAAGAUACAUGUAACAUUUAUGAAUACAAUGAAAUUUAAUUGCUAAUGUAUUACAGUUACAUCCACUUUUAAUAUGCCACAGUGCAAAGAAAUGUUUAAUUAAUUACGGUUUUGUAUUUUUUUUUCUUUCUUAAUAAGGAUUGGUAUUUAAGGAUUUUUUUAUAACAAUUUCCCUUCUUUCUUUUUUUAAUCAAGAUAAAACAAAGGGUCAGCUUGGAGCAUAUUUCUUUACCAGGAAGGGAUCUGUUUACUUACUGAAUCAAUUUUGAUGAGUUGUUUUGGUUUCUGAUGCAGAAACCCAGGUGUUCUCUUGAGGUGCAUGAAAGGAUACAACUUUUUAAAAUGGAUGUUAUGUUUGAGCUGACUAUUUAAGGUGUAUAUGAGAAUGGUCAUUUUUACAUUCUAGAAUUCAGCUAGAUUAAAGCCCUUUUGGCAGCCUAUUAUAAACAACCAGACUUUGUUUGUGGUGCAUUUUGGUCAUUUUUCACUAAAAUGUACAUUUCGUUGAUAAUAUAUUGGACAUUACUAUUGCUAUGUGUUUGUUGAUGUUUGAGGUAUGGAGGGAGGUGUGAACAUCUUCACUUGUUAAUUCCUGCAAAAUCUUAGAGUUUACAACCCUUAAAUUUUUUUUGCACUACAAUCCCAACUUUUCUAUGUGAUUUGUUGUUUGGUUGAAUGCCUGGUAUCUAGGAUAUUGGCAGGAGAUGUAGAGGUGCAUUUUAUUUUAUUUUAUGAGAGAGGGAGAGUUUCAUUGCUGUAGCAUUCUAUUAGCAAAAAGUUGUGGAUGUACAAGCAAAUUUCUAUUUACAUUUGAUCAAUUAAUACUUUUUAUCCUCUGUAUUAAGUUUUUGAAUUGUCCCAAACAAAGGUUGUUGAUAAAUACCAUUGUUAAAAAUAUUUUCUUUUUUGUGUAUUCUCAAAUACAUUUGUUGCAAUGUUAGCAUUUCCUCUUAUUUAUAUUUGUUGUGGCCAUUGCAGUUUUUGUUUCCCUUGUUGAAUAUAAAUAUAUUUAUACAUGUAUACAAAUUUGUUAUUUAUGACAUAAUAUAUCUGGCUUGUGCCACAAAGUCACAAAUUUACUUUCAUAUUGACCAAGCUUAAAUAAUUGUUUAUUAACUUAUCAAGUUUUUACAACCAGCAAUUUGAAUGGUACACAGAAAUGUAUAAGAUUGAAAGAGGUACCAGAAAUACCAACAUAUAGUGACCAAAUAUCACAUUUUUUCAAAUUCAUGAUUUUCAUUUGUAUGUUUUUUACCGUAUGGUCAUUGAAAAUUAACGAUCAUGACUUUUUCAAUUGUCAAGUUAAUGGCAUAUGAAAUAUGCACAAAAUUUUCCAUUUAGUGUCCAUUUGUUUUUGAAGCAAUAUAGAAAAUAUUUGUUCGAACAAGGAGUUUUUCCAGUUGCCUUAAAUUGUGCAUGUCAUUAUUUUUAUCAUUUCGCUAAAGUCAUCAUUGAAUUAAUGACAGGGUCAUUUUGAUGUCUGAGUGGCAGAUAUAUAAACUGUUUGUGGAUAUUGUCUUUCAUCUUGUCAUAACAAGACGAUGCUAUUUUUUGUGUUUGUAUAGUUUUGUACAAAAAAAAUAAGACACAAGUCAAUGUUGGAGAAACAGUAUGUGUGUGAAACAUAUCAGGUCAAAUAAAUUCAGUGUCAUUCCUAUGA